GGAGACACCAUUGGUUUGUUGGGACAUUAUUCUCUGUUCACUGGUGGCUACAGACCAUCCUUUUUAUGCGGAGCUCAAGCACGCCGUCUGCUCCACAUUUCCUCUUCAUCUUUAAAGAUACCCGACUGAUGCUGAUGCUGCUGCACUGAGGAGGGAUGGAGGGAGGACGCAGCACCUCCCCUCCUGGUCCUGAGAUGAGAGAGGCUGGCGAUGCUUUGCUGGACCACACCUCCUCGGCAUGACUUCAUCACGUCAAGUUGGUUGCCCCUGCAUUAAAGAGAGAGAUUUGUAUGAGAGGAGGCUGGAGAGGGAGGGUCGUGCAUGACAUCAUUCCCACGGAGUCAGUGCGCGGACUCGCUUGUGGUUCCUCCAAGUGCGCACGGCGGCUGAGGCUGAGGGAGCGACUCCUGCUGCCGAACCCAGACGCGCGUCUCCAUCAGCAAGCUGCGCUCCUGGGCUGGAUUAAAAAAUAUAUAUAUAUAUAUAUAUAUAUAUAUAUAUAUAUAUAAAUAUUAUAGAGGAACUUCAUAUUGGACACAUCGAAGGGAGGCACACUUAAAAAAACAAAAAGAACCCUGAGGAUUAUUUGCUUGUUUAAAAAAAAAAAAACCAAAAAAAGGAAGAUGUGAGGAUUCCACGCUGCAAGAACCAGAAAGAAACUCCGAGGCUGACAAAAGGUACGCAUGAGCGAGUAACAAGAGGAAGAAGUGGAAGAAGUGGCUGCUGGUGUAGCCGAAGAUAUGAAGUUAAGGAGGUUCUGAAAGCAAGCCAGUGAGUGCUAAACCAUCCUGCCUGCAGAACUCUAUCAUCCCGGUGCAGUUGGUGCCUCGGCGCUCCAGCCAGGUGGAAGAUAAGACCCACCCCUUCCUUCCCUGUACCCCACCCCCCAACCCACUCCCACCGGAACAAAGAUGGCCACGGGGAGCGUCACUCGUCUGUCCUUGCCAAUCCUGCUGCCUGUUACAACUCUGCUGCUAUCACUGCUGCUCACUGGCUCCCAGGCCUUAUCGCCGCCGCGAUUCACGAAAGUCCCUGUUGACCAGAUAGGUGUCUCCGGGGGUGUCGUGUCCUUUGUUUGCCAGGCGACGGGUGACCCCAAGCCAAGGGUCAGCUGGAAUAAAAAAGGCAAAAAGGUCAACUCCCAGCGUAUAGAGACCAUUGAAUUCGACGAGGGCGCCGGCGCCGUGCUCCGAAUCCAGCCUCUGCGUGCACCGCGUGACGAGAACAUCUAUGAAUGUGUGGCUGAGAACACCGAGGGCGAGAUCACAGUCAAUGCCAAGCUGUCCAUCAUCCGAGAGGACCUUCUCCCUCCUGGCUUCCCGAACAUUGACAUGGGCCCUCAGUUGAAAGUAGUAGAGCGAACCCGGACUGCAACAAUGCUGUGCGCAGCCAGUGGCAACCCCGACCCAGAAAUCACUUGGUAUAAAGACUUCCUGCCCAUUGACCCCAGUGCUAGUAAUGGGCGAAUCAAACAGCUCCGUUCAGGUGCCUUGCAGAUUGAGAACAGCGAGGAGACGGACCAGGGGAAGUACGAGUGCGUGGCGUCUAACGUGGAAGGCGUGCGCUACUCGUCCUCUGCUAACCUUUAUGUGCGAGAGCUUCGAGAAGUCCGGCGGGUUCCUCCUCGCUUCUCCAUUCCACCGACGAGUCAGGAAAUCAUGCCAGGUGGUAGUGUGAACAUAACGUGCGUGGCGGUGGGAUCCCCCAUGCCUUACGUCAAGUGGAUGUUGAAUUCGGACGACCUGACGCCAGAGGACGAGAUGCCUGUGGGUAGGAAUGUCCUUGAGCUGAGCAGCGUCCGUGAGUCGGCCAACUACACCUGUGUGGCCAUGAGCAGUCUUGGCAUUAUUGAGGCUGUUGCGCAGAUCACCGUCAAAUCUCUUCCAAAGCCUCCAGGUACUCCAGUGGUAACUGAAACCACAGCCACUAGUGUGACUAUCACCUGGGACUCCGGCAACCCUGACCCAGUCACCUACUAUAUCAUCCAAUACCGUGCAAAAUCCCCUGACAGCAAGUACGAGACAGUGGACGACAUCACCACCACACGUUACAGCAUCGGCGGCCUCUACCCCAACACGGAGUACGAAAUCCGAGUCUCGGCCGUCAACACAAUAGGCCAGGGUCCUCCCAGUGAGCCAGUGGAGACCAGAACCGGUGAACAAGCCCCUGCUAGUCCACCCCGAAACAUCCAAGCCCAGAUUAUAUCCCAAAACACCAUGAUGGUACGCUGGGAGGAACCAGAGGAACCAAACGGGCAGAUUAAGGGCUAUAGGGUGUAUUACACCAUGGAUGACUCCCAGCCUAUGAGCCUCUGGCAGAUCCAUAAUGUCCAGGACAGCAUCAUCACGACCAUCCAGAGCCUGGUUCCUCAAGAGACCUACACCAUCAAAGUCCUAGCUUUUACGUCAGUAGGCGAUGGACCCUUCUCAGAGCCAGUCCAUGUUAAAGUGCUGCAAGGAGUUCCUGGUCAGCCAUCCAAAUUUCAGGUGGGCGAUGUGUCUGAUACCAGCAUCCAACUAACUUGGGAACCUGCCUUUGAUAAAGAAGGAAUUAUCAAAUUUGAACUUCGCUACACAGAAGGCAGUUUUGGCUCUCAGAUGAAGAAAACAUUUGGGCCCGCAUCUUCAUACAUUGUGGAAGGCCUCCGCCCAAACACCGAGUAUCACUUCUCCCUGGCAGCCAUCUCUAGCAAAGGCAUCGGAGCUUUCACCAAUGACGUAUCGCAGAAGACCUUGCAAGCCAAUCCUUCAGCCCCCCCUCAAGACAUUAAGUGCAGCAGCACCAGCUCCACCUCCUUGCUGGUAAGUUGGCGCCCCCCGCCACUGAGGAGCCAGAAUGGCGUCCUGGUGGGGUAUAGGGUGCGCUACCAGGUGGUGGGACAGGCGGAGGGCGGCGGUGACGAUGUGGAGCCAAUGGAGGAGCCUACCGUGCCUGCCUCCGAAGAGCAGGUGCUGCUGCAGCGAUUGGAGAAGUGGACCCAGUAUCGCAUCACCGUGUCUGCCUUCACGGUUGUUGGGCCGGGCCCUGAAAGCGAGCCCUUAAACUGCCGGACGGAUGAAGACGUUCCUGGCGCCCCUCCGAGGCGGGUGGAGGUGGAGGUCUUAAACUCCACCGCACUCAAGGUGAUGUGGCGUUCGCUCAUGCCUGGGAGGCAGCACGGCCAGAUCCGUGGCUACCAGGUCCACUACGUCCGCGUGGAGAACGGAGAGUCCAGGGGCCUGCCCCUCAUUAAGGACGUCAUGCUGGCCGACGCCCAGUGGGAAACGGACGAUAUCGCUGAAUAUGAAAUGGUUAUUGGAGGAUUGAAGCCGGACACCACCUACUCCAUCACAGUGGCGGCAUACACCACCAAGGGCGAUGGAGCACGGAGCAAACCCAAACUGGUUGUGACCAAAGGUGCAGUGCCUGCUCCGCCCAUUUUGUCAGUGACUCAGGAGUCGGAAACAUCUGCACUGGUUCGCUGGCACCCCCCCGAUCUAAAAGACGGCAUGGACCUUCAAGGUUACAGGCUCCAGUUUGGUCGGAAAGACGUCUCACCUUUGGCCACGCUAGAGUUUUCCCCCCAGGAACGACAGUACUCUGUGGGCAACAUUCACCGCGGGGCCACCUACCAGUUCAAACUGUCCGCCAAAAGCCGGGGGGGGUUCGGGGAGGAAGCCGGUGUGGAACUCCGAGUGCCUGAGCAUAUACCAGGUGGUUACCCUCAAAUGAACGAAGGCUCCAAUGUGACGUGUUGCUCCGUGCAGCUGUCCUGGUCACCGCCGGUGCUGGCCGAGAGGAACGGCGUAAUCACCGAGUACACUUUGGCCUUCAAGGAAACUGGCAGUAGAGAAGCACAGCAGGAGCUCCGAGUACCCCCCAACCUGUCCAGCUUCGUCCUCAACAGCCUCAAACCAAACUCUGCUUACGAUGUGAAAAUGCGCGCGCACACCAUUGUAGGUCCCGGGCCCUACAGCCCACCUAUCCAGUAUCGGACGGUGGCCAAUGAUCCAACAGAUGUGCCGAAGAAUUUUACCAUCAAGUGGGCGACCAAGACCACCGUGGUCCUUGCCUGGAAGUUUUCUGACAGCAGGUCCCCAUACAAAUGCACGAUUGAAUACAACCGUCAGAAGAUGGAUGUCGAUGCCAGGCAGCUGAAGGCCUUCAUCACUGGGCUGAGGCACAACACCACUUACGAGUUCAGGGUGACAUGCCAAGAAAGCAUGGACGACGGGCCAAAACACCGUGUGGUAGCCAAGACCGCACCACUCAUCCUGGUCAGGAAGCCCAAGCUGGACAUCUACGCCGAGCCUGACGAUAUUCUCACCAUGUCCUUUCCACCAGUCGAUGGCAAGGAUGUCAAGAUUUUUUAUGUGGUUGUGGUGCCAUUGAGAAGGACCUUAGGGACUGUCAAGAAUCUAAAGACUCCUGACGAGAUGGACAUUGAAGAGCUGUUGCGGGAGGUGACCCCAAAGCGCCGGUCACGCCGUCAGCUGGCUCAGCUGGACCAGAGGAAGCCUUACAUCACAGCCUGCUUCCGGCAGCUUCCUUCCAGCUUCACCGUGGGCUCUGAGCAUCGCCAGAGCAGCUGUGAGAAUAAAGCUCUCGAACCUGGCCAGGAGUACGUCUUCUUCCUCAUGGCUGAACUGAAUACGACUGCCGGGAAAAUGUUUGCGACCAGCCCUUACACUGACACGGUGAUGACUCCCGUACUCCCUCAGCCAGUGGAGACCGGCGGGGAUGGGCUCAUUUGGGUGGUCGGUCCAGUCUUGGCUGUGGUCUUCAUCAUCUGCAUUGUCAUUGCAAUCCUCCUGUACAAAAACCGCAAGAGAAAGGAGUCAGAACCCCGCACAAAGUGCCUGCUGAACAACGCCGACAUCACCCCCCACCACCCCACUGACCCUGUGGAAAUGAGACGCAUCAACUUCCAAACGCCAGGUAUGAUGAAUCACCCUCCUAUACCCAUCUCCGAGCUGGCGGAGCACACGGAGCUUCUGAAGGCCAACGACAACCUCAAGCUUUCCCAGGAAUACGAGUCCAUCGAUCCAGGCCAGCAGUUCACCUGGGAGCAUUCCAACCUAGAGGUGAACAAGCCGAAGAAUCGUUACGCCAAUGUCAUUGCGUACGACCACUCCCGCGUCAUCCUGGCUCCCAUCGAGGGCAUCACAGGGAGCGACUACAUCAACGCCAACUACAUCGACGGCUACAGGAAACAGAAUGCUUACAUCGCCACCCAGGGUCCUUUACCAGAAACCUUCGGGGACUUCUGGAGGAUGGUGUGGGAGCAGCGAGCCGCCACCGUGGUCAUGAUGACCCGACUGGAGGAGAAGUCACGGAUCAAGUGUGACCAGUACUGGCCCAGUCGUGGCACUGAAACCUACGGUAUGACCCAAGUGACCCUGUUGGACACCAUCGAAUUGGCCACUUUCUGUGUCCGCACCUUCUCCUUGCACAAGAACGGCUCCAGCGAGAAACGUGAGGUCCGCCAGUUCCAGUUCACGGCGUGGCCCGACCACGGUGUGCCGGAAUACCCGACCCCCUUCCUGGCCUUCCUGCGCAGGGUCAAGACCUGCAACCCGCCUGACGCUGGACCCAUCAUCGCCCACUGCAGUGCUGGCGUCGGUCGGACAGGUUGUUUCAUUGUAAUCGACGCCAUGCUGGAGCGGAUCAAGCACGAGAAGACGGUGGACAUUUACGGCCACGUGACGCUGAUGCGCUCGCAACGGAACUACAUGGUGCAGACGGAGGACCAGUACAGCUUCAUACACGACGCCCUGCUGGAGGCGGUGGCCUGUGGCAACACGGAGGUGGCGGCUCGCAGCCUCUACUCCUACAUCCAGAAGCUGGCCCAGGUGGAGAGCGGCGAGCACGUCACCGGCAUGGAGCUGGAGUUCAAGCGUUUGGCCAACUCCAAAGCCCACACGUCACGCUUCAUCAGUGCCAACCUUCCCUGCAACAAGUUCAAGAAUCGGCUGGUCAACAUCAUGCCCUACGAGACCACGCGUGUCUGCCUGCAGCCAAUCAGAGGCCUGGAAGGAUCCGACUACAUCAAUUCUAGCUUCAUUGAUGGAUACAGGCAACAAAAGGCCUACAUUGCCACACAGGGCCCUCUGGCAGAGACUACCGAGGACUUCUGGAGAAUGCUCUGGGAGAACAAUUCCACCAUUGUCGUCAUGUUGACCAAACUGAGAGAGAUGGGAAGGGAAAAGUGUCACCAGUAUUGGCCCGCGGAGCGCUCUGCCAGGUAUCAGUACUUUGUGGUGGACCCCAUGGCGGAGUACAACAUGCCUCAGUACAUCCUUCGAGAGUUCAAAGUCACGGAUGCCCGGGAUGGCCAAUCCAGGACAGUAAGGCAGUUCCAGUUCACCGACUGGCCGGAGCAAGGCGUUCCCAAAUCUGGGGAGGGCUUUAUUGAUUUCAUCGGCCAGGUGCAUAAAACCAAGGAGCAGUUUGGACAGGAUGGGCCGAUCUCUGUUCACUGCAGCGCUGGUGUGGGAAGGUCGGGUGUCUUCAUCACCCUCAGCAUCGUCCUGGAGCGAAUGCGUUACGAAGGUGUGGUCGAUAUCUUCCAGACGGUGAAGAUGCUCCGGACACAGAGGCCAGCUAUGGUCCAAACUGAGGACGAGUACCAGUUCUGCUAUCACGCCGCUCUGGAGUACUUAGGAAGCUUUGAUCACUAUGCAACGUAAAAAGCCAUCCCGCCCCACCGCCGCCGCCCCCCCACACCCCUACACCUCGGCCCCCAUGAGUCCCGUCACCCCCCCCGACCCAACAGUCUCCUGAGCCAUAGAAACUUGAAUUUUGAAGCAACAACCGCUCAGUCGGACGCGUCACACCAAGAUACCGUUGUAGAUCUUUUAAAACACGCCCGAUAUUCCCGUCUUGAGAAGAAUCCGACCCGGAAGCUAAGGCUCGAGCUGUGUGGCGGGGAGGGGCUAUCCAAGCGUCGGACCGCUUACCUUACCUCAAGUAAACAUCCACGACGAACGAGACGGACUUCACCAGUAGGGGGUUGUUUCCGACACAUUCUGUGUGACGUUCGGAGAGACGACCGACGCGGUGGAGGCGUGGACGUACGCUCCUACUCAAAAGAAGAGGACGACUGAUGUCACGUAUCUUCAAGAUGGCUUCUCCUGUCAACCAGAACAGAAAAUAAGGUUGGUGGACGGUGACCAUGUCCGACAUUUUUUUGUGUGUGUGUGUGGUUUUUUUUCGUUUAACCACGUUUGCGGUUGGGAAGCGGGACGAAGACGCGCCACAAAGCCUUCCUUGGUGUACAGUAGUGACCAACGCUCUCGGUGAACAUUUCCCAUUUCCUGUCCAAGGCUGAACAUGCUGCUUCUCUCGCCUGUGCUGUAGCUCUCUCAUCUCAGAACUCAGCCUUUCCCUGACUUCACUUUUUAGAUGCGCUCUAUCCUCAUUUUGUCCCAUUUAAAAGGGGGGGGAGAAAACGGAAAAAAAAACACAAAAAACAAAGCUUUAGUUCGGGCUCUCCGUGUUGUUGAUGACGUCUGCGGAGCGUGUUGGCUGGUGAUGCUGGGAGGAGGAUCAUCUUGCACAUCCCGGAGAUAAAGAAGUGAAACCACACGGACACGGGUCUUUCCUGAAUGUUCUCUGCUCCUUAAAAAGCUGCCUUUUUGGUCGAUUCGGAGCGGACUGGAGAGUUUAAAAAAAGUUUGCGUGCGGACGAGUGGAAAAACAUUUAAGCAGAGGUGGGUAGUAACAUUUAACAUUUACGCCAAUAAAUGUACUUUUUGGAUGAACUGGAGUAGUUUUAUCCAAUCCAAUCCACUUUAUUUGUAUAGCACAUUUAAACGACAAAAAUGUUUCCAAAGUGCUGCACAACAAUAUUAAAAACAAUAUUCAAAUAUUAUCCUUAGCUCCACCAAUGACUGAGUAAAAACAAAAAAUAAAUAU